AUGGGUUUUUCUAAUAUUUGGUACUCUCAUCCUCGUAAAUACUACCAAAGUUCCAUAUGCCGCCGUGCCUGCUCUAACCGUCAUUGUUUGAUCCUCAAAUAUGGCUUGAACAUCUGUCGUCAAUGCUUCAGAGAAUACGCAAACGAUAUUGACUUUAAGAAGUUGCAUUAAACUCCCUUCUUUGAUGACUACAAAACUGUAAAGGAAACACCACACCCCUUAUUCAUUGUGAUGGCCUGAGACACCAU